UCGGUGCUGAAGCAGUCUGCACCCACUGGCUGGCCAACGUCCUGGCACAGACUCGCCUAGAAAGAGUAGGGGGGAGGAAAUAAGUGAGGGAUUGUCUGAAAGGUAGAACGUUCUAUAUUAAUGUGUAGAAGAAAGACAGGGCUUGUUGGGGGAAAAGCCAGGAGUCGUCUGUAGUAAAGUGCAAGUUGCAAGGAUUCACUCUGCUUCCUAAGUAUCUGCUGUCAUCCGGCUUUUUUUAGGGCUUUAUUUUUACCACCAGGUCUAAGUUCCUACAGCUCGGCCCAGAGCCUCGAGUCUGAUAGUACGCUGGUGUGUUAAGUCUUUUUUUUUUCUUUUUUUUUUGAGGUUUAUUUGGUGGUGCCAUGGCCGAGACAAACCUCAAACUGGAUCGCGUGGCCCUUAGCGAGAUCUCCGAUGACGACGACGACGAGGUGGUUUUGGUCACAGCGGCGGCCAAACCCUCGGUAACUACACCGGCCUCCAACCGUAAACAUGCGGAGGACGAAGAUGAGGACGAAGAUGACGAACCAGCCAAAGAAGUGGAUCUGAAGCUGGGACUGGAAAAUAGCGACUCCCAGAAAGCAGAAGCUCAAGCUACGGGCAUGAUGGUCCUGGCUCUCUUGGACAAGAUCAUCGGGGUUGUGGAUCAGAUCCAGCAGACGCAGAAUGGCCUGGAAUCCCGACAGGAGAGCAUGGAGAAGAACAUGGCGAGCAUCCAGAGCGAGAUGACCAAGCUUGCCAAUAGCCAGGGUGGCACAGCCGGCACGGUCACCAAGCUUCUGGAGAAGGUGCGCAAAGUCAACGUCAAUGUGAAGAGCGUACGGGCCGACCUGGAGAAGCAGGCGGGUCAGAUUAAGAAGCUGGAAAACAACGAGCAUGAGCUGCUCAAGAGGAAGAAUUUCAAAGUGCUCAUCUUCCAGGAUAAAGAAAAGCCAGUGAAGCCCGUUAAAAAGCCUGAGGCAGCAGUAGGAGAGGAGGGUGAACACGUGCUGAGUGAGGGAGAGGAAACACACAUCACGGAUGAAGUUGUCGAGAUCGAGGAAACCGUAGAGGAAUCGCGUGUGGCGCGCAUCAAGCGCAGCGGGCUGCAACGCGUGGACGAAAUUAAGAAGGCCUUCAGCAAGGAGCAGAUGGAGAAGACCAAGCAGAGAACCAAAGAAAACCUAGAGAAAACCCGUCAGAAAACCAAGGAGAACCUGGAGAAGACACGUGUGAGGACUCGCGAGAACUUCCAGAAGACCAGGCAGAGCCUUGGGAAGAAGAUGGGCAAGAUCGGGACGAAGAUCAGACCCAACAAGGAGCGCAAAGAGAAGAUCCGUGUGUCUCGUGACAAGAUGAAAAAGUCGCUCAAAUCUGACAGAAAGGUCUACGCUCGCUCAAAGAUCACCACUUACCGAGUGCCACCGUUCACCUUCUACGUGAAGAAGAUCCGUGAAGGUGUGGAGGAGCCCGAGCCUGAGGAUGAGCCUGAGGAAGAAGCUGAAGAACUGCAAGAGGAGGACAAGGAGGAAGUCGAGGUGAAGGAAGCCGAGCUGGUGAAUCUGAGCAGUCCUGAGGAGGUCCUGCUCGAGGCGGCUGAACGUUCGCAACUCGUAAUCCAGGAUUCGGUGCAGCCACGAGAGAAAGGAAGUCAAUGAAGCUGAACACCCAGGAGCACCUUGUCUGGAAAAAAAAAAUGAACAAAUAACCAUGUUUGGAAGUCUGGAGCUGGGAAUGAAGGCUACAUGGAUGUAGACGCAGACGUAACUGAGAAGAGUGAAAUUGAUGAACGGAGUCAAGGCACUAAAGCAUGUUGGAUUUGAGGAACAAAAUCAUUUACAUUAAGCUGUUUAUAUCCAGGCAGAUGUUUUUCUAAUUGCAGUCUCGAGUUUUGACUUGAAACGCAUGACACCUGAGAACGAGCUGGUGAUUAGUAUCAGGUUUACCAGGAUGCUUUUACGCCUUUAAUCAGAACAAGAGAGAAAUAGGCACACUUGCAUUCAUUAGUUUGGUUUGGUUUAAUUUUAAUCUGCACGUAACUAAAAAAACUUAAAUGGAAAUAUUAAGCAACGUAACAUUUCUGCAUUUCUACAGCAUUGGCUCACUUUGUGUCUUAUGACUCGAAAAAAACAAGCCACAACUUUAAAUACACAGCAUUCAAAGCUAAAUCAGAAUCCGAAGAUAUGUUUUUAGUACCAAAACGCCCAGGACGCCCAAAACGCACUAAUGGUUCAAUGCAACCUGGCUUAACAUUGCAAAUGUGAAAACACCCUGAGAGUCUUGGGUCCUUAGAGACUGCAAUUAGAAACCAACACUCAGGACAGUUGUAAUUCGAACCGGGUGAUCCCUAAAGAUGUUACAGGCGUUCACGAAAGGUCGACAUGGAUGUCAGGCUUGGACAUCGAUUUGGACACGGAUACGUCAUCUGUAUUGACGCACGUCAGGGUUAAUAUUUGCUCCAAACAUUAUAUGCGUUAUUGUUCAUUUGUUUGGAAAUGAUUUUUCGCCAGGUUUUUCACGUAAUGAUUCUGCUUUUAUUCGGAAAAUUAACUGUGAUUUUUAGUUAACAUGAAUAAGCUAAGAUCCAGGUUAACCAGAACCACCCUUCAUUUGUUUAGGAAAUGUAACAUUUUUUAUUUUAUUGUUGUUGUUGUUGUGCACAUUCACUCUCUUGAGUUUCAUCCAGCCUGGAAAAUACAGGAGAAAGAUAAAAGAGUGUAGAUGAUCUAUUACUAAGUCUAUUACUUCUUGAAUGUAUUAUUGUUGAGGGUUAGUUUCACAGCCAAUGGGCCUCAUUCAUCAAAGUUCGCUUCUUGCUUCUUUGCUUUUUUUUUUUUACUUCCCUCAUCCCAAAAUACAAUCUGACAAAAUUCUGGAAGAACAUUCCAAGUCCGAAUGGUGAUCUGAUGGUUUUGAGCCAUUUGGAAAUCUUCAUGAAUCAAAACAAACCGUUUAUUACAUAAGUCCCAGGUAUAAUCGGUCUCGCAUAAUAGUGCUAAAAUUAACACAAUACAACAUGAUCCUUCCAAAUUCCUACUAAAACUCAAUGCCAAGGUUCGGAUUUCCAUUUAGGCAACUACCCUCAUAAAUACCAUCCAAAAUGGCUAAUAAUAAAGAACCAAGCUUCGGACACCAAACACGUCUUGGCUGGAACAUGCCGGCUACAUUUAGGACACAUGCAGGGUUUGGAUGUUAAUGAUAUCUUUAGUGUGAUCUGAAAUUAUUUAAUACUCACCAACAUAAACAAAGUCAAUUAAAUGAGAAAUUUAAUGAAUGAAGCAUGAAGCAAGUUUUAUGCAAGGAGUUGAACCCAAGUUGGAGUUAGAUUGGAUUCUUAGGCAUGGAUUAAAUAUCAUUUAAUAAAACAAAUCAAUCAAUUUAUAUUGUACUGUAUACGCGGUACAGUCAAAAGUAUGUGGACACCUGACUAUCAUACUCGUAUGCGAUUCUUUCCCCCUUAGCCUAUUACCACAGUGUUGACAACUCAAAAUUGUAGUGAGUGUCUUGUUUUUGUUUGUUUUCCGUUACAAUUUCUCUUCCCUGGAACUAACAGGUCCGAACAAGUUUCAGCAUGACAACGCCCCGAGCUCCGUAAAAGGCACGGUUUGUCAAGAUUAAAGAGAAAAGACUUAAGCAUCCUGCACAUCAAACCCAAUGAAAAACUUGAGAUGAGCUGGAACUGGAGCCUCUUCUACAUCCCAACAUCAGUACCUGAUAUCAGUACUGCUACAGGUUUAGGGUCCAUGUUAAACAAACCCUUACCAUAUGGGUGAGAUGGUUGGGUGUCCACAUACUUUUGACCAUACAGUGUAUGUUAACUUCCUGUCACAAUGUUAAUAUGAAUUACGCGGAAGUGGCAACAUUUACGGUCUAGCGGUACCGUUUACGAUCCUGACUUGUUGCUGUAGCAAUGAGGAAACCACCUGAAAGCUGUGUGGUGUUUUUUUUUUUUUUUUUUUUUUUACUUUUACAGUUAAAAUAAGUCAACAAAAAUAAAAAUGAAAAAAUUACCCUUUAGGGAAAUAACUAUUCACUUAACGGGAAAGACGUGAAGGAGUCAACAUCGCUGUAUUUGUUUACAACAGGACGACACUGUCAUGGCUUUGGUUUGAGGGUAGAACGUGCUGGUGAUCAUUUACAUCAGAUAUUCCCAAACUGAAUGAGACCAAGGCUUAAUCUGAAAUCUGAAAAUCUUCUGCGGCCCGCCUGAACUUUUAAUCACGACUCCGAUCAACACGCAAGAUUAAGAUAAAUAAAGAAAAUCACACUUUACCUGAUUUUAAAUCUCAUGGGUUUGUUUCAUCAGUUCUGGUUGCUUUUUAAAUGAAAGUACUCAAUCAGAAAAAUUUUAUGGAAAUUUUAAACCUAAUUACAAAAUUUUUAAAUAUUUAUUUAUUUAUUAUUAUUAUCAGUUGUAAAUGACCUGUGCAUGCAGUACCCUUACAGUCCACUAGGGAUUAGAGAUUAUGGGAACCUUGGCUUAUACUGUUAAAUUGAAACCACCAAAAUGUCAUGUUUUGGGGUUUUUAUGCUAACUUUUGUUGUUGUUUUUUUGUUUUUAAUCACGCUGCUAACUCAGUAAGCGAAACUUGAUGUAAAGUGUAUCCCAAGUGUAGCAAAUCCAGGUGCAUGUUUGAUAAACGAGGCCUACUGACCUGUAAACGACACCUUCAACCUUAACCAGAUGAGGGGUGUCUAGGGAUUUAGGGAUUUUGCUUGCUUUCCAGUAAUUUUCGAGAGCUUUCUUUAUUGAAACAUCUGAAGCAUGUCUGGUGCUGUAGCAUUUCUCCUGUACAUAACAAUCUGAAUAAUCACUUACAUUUUACAUUUUUUCACUUCUUCUGUACAUAUGACACAUCUGCACAUCAGAACGGAUUCAGUAUUACUUUAGCUAUAACUUUUCUUACCAUGAUAUAGAAAUUCAAGUGAAGGAUUUCCUCUGCCAGAAACGUCUCUGUCCUGCUUCAGAUCAGAAAGAAGUCACAAACUGUAUAUGUGAAAGAGCAUGUACACACUAUAAAGAAUUUUUAUAUGCAUGACAGCAAAUACAGUACACACCAUUAGAUUAAUAGAACAUGAACAUGUGUUAUGCCAGCUUGAUAUUUUGCAGGUCUUUUUUUUUUUUCUUGUUCAGGCUUUCCGGAGCACCAGAGAGAAACCGGGACACAAGUGUUUAAAGUCUGGCCUCGAACCAUUAGUCAGGUUUCUGUGUAUUUCCUGUCUGUCUGCAGUGAGGAUUGUUUCAGUAAACCCCAGCUCUAAUCAGCUCCAAGGCUUGCUCUGUUUUUAUCUAUGGCUUCUAGAUGCUUGUUUGUGGGUUGUUGUUGUUUUUUUUUUUUUUUGGAUUGAAAGACAUAUAAGAUGCUUUGCAUAAGGAAACAGUCCCUCUUUUUGCUGAGGUCCGUUAUUGCAGGAAUGAAAAUAAAGAAAUGAACACUGGACAGAAA